GACACCAUCCCUCGUCGGUGCAAGUUUGACGCUUUGCUUCGAAAUCGGUUCUUCCAGAAAGAACUUGAGAGAAUUGAAUAAACCCAGAAGCUGUGCGAAUCCCGAACAAUAUCACCGUGAAGUUCGACGGACCACGGGUUCCGGUGUGCCAUGUCACGAUGAAAUUUCGAGCGAGGUCGUUCUGCGCCGUACUGCUGGCCGCAGGUUGCAUUUCGGUGUCGUACGGUGCGGAAGAUGCCCGCGAAACACUGUGUUCGACGGAGGCGCAGCUCGUGGGUGGGAAUGAAUUGCACAUCAACGACGAACCAGUCAACAUCACGAUCGGGGUGGGUCCCCGUCCGACCGAUCAGAUCCUGGCCUACAUCCUGCUCUUAUUCAUCCACGACUACAUCGGGUACCGGGUGGACAUUGUGCAGCACGAGCUCACCUCGGAGGAAUGGGUUGAGAAGAUGAACUGCGACGUCGAGAAGCAAAACUGCACCGGAAUCCCCAUGAUAAAUAUCGGAAUCGUCGAAACGACCGCCCAGUUUCCGCUCUACCGAGACAAAGUCAAGAGUGCGGGCUAUCUCGGGGUGAACAUCAGACUUGGCUGGUUCGUCAGCACGGGGGAGGUGGACAAACCCGUAUUCGGACCGAAGCCCGAUCACUACAGAUAUUUCAAGGAUGCCAACCUGACGGAAAGAUUUGCUCUAAAUCCAUCGCUGCUCGACGGAAUCACCAGGAGAGGCAAAGGAGAAGACCGAUGGUGUCAGGGACCUCGCUUCAAGGAGUGUAAAAAGGGACAAUACAUUCCCGACCAGUGCGUGGGGAACGAAAAGUGCGCGGUUCUAGUCGCAGCGUAUCCGCACGAAAACUACGACAUCAUCACGAAGCAAAUCAAGGAGCUGAAUCUUUACGUGAAAGUCGCUUGGUUGGGGAAUAAUUUCGAGAAUCACAUAAAACGGCAGGAAGACAAGAAGCCCGUCCUAUUUUUCGAUUACAGCACAAGUCCGAUGACCCUCUUCCCCGAUACGUACACCGAAGUCCUGUUCCCGUCGUGUAGCACGCUCAGUCAGGAAGUCGGCUGUACGUACCAGAACGCUAAAUUGAGGAAACUCUAUUGGUCUUCGCUGGAGGCCGGGGCGCCGCAGAUCGUAAAACUCAUCAACAACGCCUACAUCCGCACGGAAGAGUUCAGGGACCUCGUCGGAAACGAUGUUGCGAAGCUGCACAAUAAAGAACUGCAGCAGCAGUUCGCGUGUUCCUUCAUCAAAACCCAGUUGGAUCUACGAUGGUCCAAGGGAGUCGACGCUUUCCCCAAAAUCGCCAUACAUGCGAUUUUCCCAAAGGAGAACAGCUCCCUGAUCGGUGUGACAGGCGACGCCAUAAAUCGGAUCAAUAAAUAUCACCUCAAAGGCGUCAUCUUGGUCCAGAACGUCGUGAACGGAGAAUGCAAUCGAGACCUGAUAUUCAAACAGUACAUAACCAACAUCACGACCUCGCCCAAUCAGAUCGUCGGUGUCAUCGGUCCGGACUGCAAUCGCUCCCUCGAAGGUCUCAUCGGCGUCGCCGCUCACUACAGACACCUUGUGUUCAGCUACAUGAUGGAUAGCGUCAUCGAUGAAACGUCGAGAACACUGGAUAAUUUCUUCAGGAUUCCGCCGGAUACCAGUAUGCUGGCGAAAGCCUACGUGCGGCUUAUCAAGCAUCAGAAGUGGCUCAAUUUCGCCGCGUUCACCGACUCGUAUCAGAGUUCCGGCUACAUCAGAGACCUCCGUUCCUUCGCCCAGAAAGAUCAGCGGACAUUCGUCGGUUCAUAUACCUACUUGACAUCGGGAUCGCUCGAGGAGAGUCUUGGGAGCAUGAAAGAGGAACCUCGCGCAAAAAUCAUAAUCGGCGAUUUUCCCGAAAAAGUCGCUCGAGACGUUAUGUGUAAAGCCUUCCGCUUGAAAAUGACCGCUGAAUACGGUUAUGUCUGGCUUCUGCCGUUCUGGAUGAAGGAAAACUCAUUCAAAUACGUAAGAGGCCUUCCGUGCUCCAGAGCGGAAUUGAGGAGGGCCGUUGACCAUUCGCUCGUCUACAAGUUCAGAGAGCUGGCCGACGACGACUUCGUCACAACCUAUGGAGAUAACGUCUCCGACUGGAGGGAGUUCGUGACCAGAGACGUCAAGGACCUCGACGACAACGCUGGAUUCGCCUACGAUUCCGUCUGGAGCUUGGGCACUGCGUUGGGUGAGUUGGUGCGACACGAGAAGACUUUUUUGGAGAAACUGCGUAGCGUGGAUCAGGUCACGAGCUCGAGGGCUCUUCGUCGAUUCACGGAAAAAAUCAAGAGCAGUCAAUUCAGGGGCGUCACUGGAGUUGUGAAAUUCGACGGGACCCACCGGCAGCCGGACGAUAUAAUUCUCUAUCAAUACCUCAACGGAUCGAUGGAAAGAAUCGGCGCUUUCCGACUGAAGCGCUCGGAGAAAGAGAUGAACGAAACAGAAGACUCGAGCCUGGAGCUCAAGACAGCUAUCAAGUGGUACAACGGUGUCAAGCCCACCGACGGAACGCCGCCUUGCGCCUUCCAAGCGUUGAUGGACGCGUUGGGGGUAUCCUGUGACGCCGCACACAUAAUGGCAAUCAGUGGCAUCAUCGUCGGUACGCUCGUGUUGUUCGGUGGGGUGAGCGCCGCCUUCGCGUAUCGUCACUACGAGAACAAAAUGAAAGUUCUCGAACAGAAUCGAAAUUCGCCUUUCAUCAUGCUCAACGAUAAGGAGCUCCCGGAGAACAGCGUGCGAAUCUAUCGGCUGGUCGACGAGGGUGCUUUCGGCAAGGUGUAUUUCGGCGACUACACCGACGAGAACAAUAAAGUCACCAAAGUCGCUGUCAAGGCAGCCAAAGACCCGAGGAACGUCAACGCGAAACUGGAACUGUUGACUGAGGCGGUGAUCAUGAAACGUUUUGAUCACGUCAAUAUCCUCCGUCUCGUCGGAGUCAUAAACAAGCCGGACAAGUGUCAGAUCGUUACCGAACUCAUGAUGUACGGCAAUCUGAAGAACUAUCUCCAAGAUCGACGUCACCUGGCGGAAACUGGAGAAAUCGGCGCGCUCCACCUCACUCGCAUGGCUUUGGAUAUCUGUAGAGGUCUUUCGUAUCUCGCGAGCUUGCAACACGUCCACGGCGACCUCGCCUGUCGGAACUGCCUCGUGCACGAAAGCCUGACGAUCAAAAUCGCAGAUUUCGGCUUCUGUAAAAAUCUUGUCGACCAGGGUUACUACAGAAUCGUGAGACCGGGCCCCAUGCCGGUACGGUGGAUGUCCCCUGAGCUUCUCAGAACGGGCGUUUAUUUCGAAGAGUCCGAUAUUUGGAGCUUCGGGAUCUGUAUCUUCGAGAUCAUCACCUUCGGAGGGUAUCCGUACCACGACCGCGACGACCAGAACGUACAGGAGUUCAUCAGGGGUGGGGGCUUCCCGACGCUUCCAAGUAAAAUAUCAAGCGAGCUGGAAGCACUCCUCAUGCGGGUUUGGGCCAUACAGAAAGAGGAACGACCCGCUGCGAUAGAGCUGUACGAGAUUCUGACAUCGAAUCCCGAACUAAUUCAUCCGUGCAUCGAGGAAGGUGCGAUGAUGAACGCCGAAUCGUUGGAGAAGUUCUCGAGAAGUUCCCAAGGUAGCUCGACAUGGACGAGCAGAAACAAAGUGCGUCGGCCGGAUUCCUUCUAUGUGAGCGGAGGACAGCGAGUAUCCUCGAUGAAAAUGGUGUAGACCGAUGCUCGCGUGC